AUGCAGAAAGGCUCCACGCGGAGCGCGAGGCCGUCCAUGGCCUCGUCGUCGACAAGCGCCAGGACCGGCAUACCCGCCCGCCCCGGUGUCAGGCAGGCCACCACGCGCAUGUCGUCGCUGAGGUAUCCCAACCACCACGCCGCCAUUGCGGCCAGGAUCGACCGCACCGCUGCUCCCUCUCCUGCCGACUCGCUCGCUUCCACAGCCACGGCCGGGACUAAGCGCAAGGACCGUGACUUCGACAUGGGUCCGCCCGGCGUAGAGACCAACAUCAACGUCGUUGUGCGGUGCAGAGGCCGCAAUGAGCGGGAGGUCAAGGAGAACAGCGCCGUCGUCGUCGAGACCGAGGGCGCCAAGGGGAAGCUCGUCGAGCUCUCCAUGGGUCCCAACGCCCUGAGCAACAAGACGUACAACUUUGAUCGCGUCUUCUCGCCUGCUGCCGACCAGCGAAUGGUCUACGAUGAGGUUGUGAAGCCAGUUCUCGAGGAGAUGUUGGGCGGUUACAACUGCACCAUCUUUGCCUAUGGCCAGACGGGAACUGGUAAAACCUACACCAUGUCGGGAGACAUGACUGAUACUUUAGGCUUGCUUUCGGAUAAUGCUGGAAUCAUCCCCCGUGUUCUCCACGCCCUCUUCAAGAAGCUCGAAGCCGACGAGACCGAUAGCCUCGUCAAGUGCUCCUUCAUCGAGCUCUACAACGAGGAGCUCCGCGAUCUCAUAUCCCCGGAGGAGAACGCAAAGCUCAAGAUCUUUGACGACACGUCGCGGAAAGGACACGCCACCACCGUCGUUCAGGGCAUGGAGGAGACCCACAUCAUGAAUGCUGCGCAGGGCAUCAAGCUUUUGCAAGGUGGCAGUCUGAAACGACAGGUUGCUGCCACAAAAUGCAACGACCUCAGCAGCCGAAGUCAUACCGUCUUCACCAUCACAGUCUGCGUCAAGCAAUCGGCAGAGGACGGCGAGGACUAUGUCAGCGCCGGCAAACUCAACCUGGUCGAUCUUGCCGGUAGCGAGAACAUCCAGAGGUCCGGCGCAGAAAACAAGAGGGCCGCCGAGGCUGGCUUGAUCAACAAGAGUUUGCUGACCCUCGGUCGUGUCAUCAACGCCUUGGUCGACCGUAGCUCUCACAUCCCAUACCGUGAGUCCAAGCUCACCCGCCUCCUCCAAGAUUCGCUUGGUGGGCGCACCAAGACGUGCAUCAUUGCCACCAUAUCACCAGCGAGGAGCAACUUGGAGGAGACGAUAUCCACGCUCGAUUACGCUUUCCGAGCAAAGAAUAUCAAAAACAAGCCGCAGAUCAACGCCGCCAUCAACAAGAAGACGCUGCUCAAGGAGUUCACCUAUGAGAUUGAGAGACUAAAGAGCGAGUUGAUCGCAACGAGGACGAGGAAUGGCGUCUAUCUUUCCAACGAGAGUUACGAGGAGAUGACUGUAGAAAGCGAGUCAAGGAGGAUACAGACCGAGGAGCAGGCCGCCAAAAUCGAGAUGCUCGAGUCAAAUUUAAGGAACAAGGUCCAGGAGCUCUUCUCGCUGACGUCGAGUUUCAUGGGCUUGAAACAAGACCAUGAGUCGACGCGGCUACAGUUGGAUGACACGAAAGGCGUGCUCGACCAGACAGAAUUAGUAUUGGAAGCCACGCGGAAGACUCUCGCAGAAGAGACUCACAUUCGAAAAGCCCACGAGAAGACUGAGGAAAGGAUGCAUGCUAUCGGCGACGAGCUCAUCUCCAAGUUGCAACAGACCGUUGGUCAUGUCGGCGGCCUUCAUGCCAAAAACAAGAGAAAGUCCGACCUCCAGUCCUUGAACCGAGGCACGUGGACCAUGGCCCAGGACCAAGUCUCGGAUGUAACGUCUUUGGUGGAGAGCCGCGUCGAGGAGUUCCGUAAUGAGCAACAGCAACACAUCUCCAGCAUAUCUCAGAAAAUGCAGUCGUUUGUGCAAGGUGAGCUGCAAAAACUCUCGUCGACGCAGGCGUUCCUGGACUCCAAUCUGGACCAAUUCACUCAGUCAAGGGAUGAUAUGAUAUUACAGACGGAAAAGUCCAAGCAGGACAUGGAUGAGGUCCUCGAGGAGAUCAAGGAGGUUCGCGACAACAUCAAGGAGAGAGUUGGCGAAAGUCUCCAGGCUAUCGCAGCAGCUGCCGAGAAGAUCGCACAGGAUGUGCUCAGUGAGCUCGGCGUCUUUCAUAAUCAACUCCAUACGUCUUAUGCCUCCCUGGGCAAAGAUUUCAGGUCGAUUUUCGAGGAGCUUCUGAGCCAUCUCACCAGCCAGAAGCAGGAGUCAGAUAGUCUUAGGCAUCAGCUCAAGAGCGCCAGCGAGACCAUUUUGCAGUCCAAUUCCGACAUCUCUGCACGUAUCCAACAAGUCAUCGAAGCAGAGCGAAGGCAAGCUGCCGAGGAGCGAAAGAACCUUCUUCUGCAGAUCUCAAGCCUUAUCAACUCUCAAGCCGAGUUGCAAGACUCUCGACUGGCUGACAAGGCCGCCUCCCUGCAGCAGAGCGUGCAGGAGACGAAUGCAACCUUUGAGGGAAGCGUGGCACAGUACUCCCAGGGUAUGGAUGUAUGGGUUGAGAAAGAGGACCAGCUACUUGGUGAUGUUUCCAAGUCGCGAGAGACGCUCAAAACAAAGUUGCAAGACGACUGGAAUACGGCAAACCAGCACAGCACAUCCAUCCAGGCGACCACGAAAUCGGUGCAUGCUGAGACUGUGCGUGUAGUUGACGAGCAGAUGAAGGAUCUUGAUGACCAAAUGACAUCACUCGAUGAUUUCGUGACUCGUGCAAGGUCGCAAAAUGCCGAACAUCACGACCAGCACUCAGAAGCGCUCGAUAACCUGUCCGGGACCGUUGAGGAUUCAUAUGGAAGCAUCAACGCCCACUUCAAAGAAACCUUCUCACGUGUCGAGGGCCUCGGUGCCGAGAUGGACACUCUCACCACCCGGACUACUGAUGCUUUUGGUCCUCUGCCCGAGAACAUUUGCCGGCCGUUGGCCGGUCUUCGAGAAGAGAUAUCCGCCACCACACUUCGUGAAUAUCAGCCCACGGGCAACACUCCACAGAAGAUGGAGUACGAAUACCCUACAGACCUACCGCAUACCAAGGCUCACUCGGCGCUCAUUGCUGAGCUGCAUGGGACAGCGUCGCCAAGCAAAAUCUCAAGCACUGGUGGUGUCUUUGCCGAUGCUGAUGCCUCACUCAGUGAGAACCGCUCGCCGUCGCGACCCACUUCAUCAGACUCCCACUCCCUUUUGUCAGAGCGCAAUCCGCUUACCAUGAGCCUGCGAGAGGUUCACCCAAAUGUCAACUCCAGUACUUCACUUAUAUUCGAUCCCCUCGCCGGUUCGGCAAACACGAUACAUGGGUUCAGCGCGAGCGUCGGCCCGGGAACUUUCAGUGCUAGGGCCAUGGAGGAAGACAAUACUAUGCCGCUGUUUAAGAAGAGCCGGACCACGCGGUCUAAGAACGGGACGAAAGCCGGCGCGGCGGCUGAGGGUCGCGAGAAUAUCCCACCCCCUAUGAAGGUCCUUGGUGGCGGUAUCGGCAAGGGCGGCGAGAUCUUUGCUCAAAGCUCCUCUCGGAGAAAAAGUCCUAGGCUCAACUGA